AUGGAUUUUGUGAACACUAAGCCUCACCGAGGCUUUGUAGGAAAGUCUUCAACGCUUUCAGAUUAUAAUAAUAACAACAAUCCGGUUCAAAAAACCCAGUCUUACGUAGAAAUUGAUAGCUUAGUUCUAAUAAAAGCCAUUAAACACUGUAAAGAUAACUACCCUGUACCAGUUAAUGGCCAACUCCUAGGACUUGAUUUUGGAGAUAGACUUGAAGUCACAAACUGUUUCCCAUACCCCCAAAAACGAGAUAUUUAUAACUCAAUAAUAAAAGACAAGAACACAAACACCUUGGCUGAGAAUGAAAUUGAAGAAAAGGCAGAUGAGGAGUUCGUUAAAUACCAAGAGCUGAUGACUGAAUUGGUACACGAUGUAAGAGUUGACUGCUUUGCAAUAGGCUGGUACCAAACGGUAAACUUUGGGGACCUCCAGUCUAAAGAUGCAAUUGACAAUUUAGUUAUUUAUCAAGACGUAGUAGAUAAAGCCAUAAUGCUUGGUUUUGACCCUGUAUCUACAACGGGGGAGGUAUCAUUUAAGGCAUACCGUGCCUCUGACCAGUUGCUAUCAGUUUAUCACAGUUCGGAUCCUGAUGUUAGAAAGUUCAACGCCCUUAAGGGAACAGAGAUUUUGGAAGAGGUCCCAAUUGUCAUCAAAAACUCCAUUUUGUCAGAGGUUUUUCUUAGCCAGUACUUUUCAGAUAGCCUAAUACAAAACACAUACGUUUUCGACGUACUUGACGCAUACCAUAACAACUACCUGGAAAAGAAUUUAGAAUUUCUUUCUCAGUCACUGGAAGCACUAUGCGACAACCAAGAAAAGUUUAUACGAUAUCAACGAGACUAUACAAAGCUCGUCCAGCAGCAGAAGCAACUCCUGGAAAGAAGAAGGUUGGAAAAUGAACAGUGUAAACUAAAGGGUGAACCUCUUUUACCCAUGCCGGAAUUUGAUAAUACUCUUCUUAAAAAAAUCGAGGCUCCAUCACAACUAUCAACAAUCAUUAUGAGCAAUGAGUGUACGACUCACACGAAGGAUAUUAACUCACUUUGCUUCGACAACAUCGCCAAAAUGUACCUAUUGUAUCACAGAUUACACAGUAAACAGUAA